GCCAACCGGAAGUAGGGCCUAUCAGUUUUAUUUAUGGAAGAAGAAAACAGGAGCAAUUGAAAAGAAGUUAUUGUCAUCCUCAAUAAUAAAUCAAGCAUAUUUAGGAAGUGUAAAUGUUUAUUUCAUUUGGGAUACACUAUCAAAGAUAACAAAAUGGAUGUAACGGUAAAAACAUUGGAUGGACAGAAUAAAAACUAUAAUGUUGCAGAAGAUAUGACAGUUCGACAGUUUAAAGAAAAGAUAGCAGAUUCUAUUAAUAUUGAAGCAGAUACCCAAAGGUUGAUUUUCCAUGGACGGGUAUUACAAGAUGAUAAACCAUUGAAAGAAUACGAUGUGAAGGGUAAAGUUAUCCAUGUUGUACAGAGAGCACCCCCAUCAUCCAGAUCCGAAUCGGCAACUAAUAAUACAACUACCACUACAUCUAGUAGUGGUGGAACUCCACGUAGUGUAGUCGUUGGAUCAUUUACAUUACCUACAGAUAUCCUUGAUCCUAAUCAAGUUCAGAAUAUAGUACAGAAUGCUGUAGCAGGAAUGGGAGAUCAGUGGAGAAAUGCACGAGUUUCAACCAGUGCCUCUGCUGAUGGGUCACCCAUAGAUGUAAGAAUAAACUUAGGUCAGAUUCCACCACAGGCAAUGGAUCAGGGUCAGAUACAGGUGAAUAGUAUCAGAAGAAUUAUCAGACAAGUUCGUCGUCUCAUAGAUUUAUUACAGAAUCCUCCUUCAGAAACAGCCACUGGGGGAGCUUCUAAUUCUGAAGAAGCAAGCAUGAGUUCAUCACCAGAUGAAUCAUCAACACCUACUGACCCAAACCUAGAAUCAACAAGACAAAAUACUACUGAUGGUGCCAGUAAUUCAACUCAAACUGGACGACCAGGUAUAAAUGUAUUAGCAGACUUAUUGAAAGAAGUACAAUUACUAAAUGCUGAUUUACAGCCAUUCCUAGAUCGAUAUAGACAGGUUUUACAGGACGACGCUCCAGUAGAGGAAACCCAAUCAACCCAGAGAAUGUGUAAUGUGGUAUCAGAGGCUAUGCAUGCGAUGAGUCAUGUUUAUCAUGGUAUCAGUGACUUUAUGGUAGAUAUAUCAGCAGCACCUCCACGUCACCUUUACAGUCCCCCAUCUACUAUGAUGGGAAUGUUCCCAAGAGUACAAAGGACACAAAUUAAUGUUGGCAAUGGAAGAACAGGCCGACCCAGUACCCAGAAUUCAUCAUCUAACAGAACUACUAAUAGCCAAUCAUCAAGUACUACUACAACCACACCAAGUUCUAUAGCCACGCCCAGUAGUUCUACAGCCACACCAAUGUCAACAUCUACAACUCCAACAGUAACAUCUGCUUUAAAUGGAACAGGAAGUAACUUACCACCAGGUGUCUCUGUAGCUGGUAGUAGUGAUCCAUAUGUGUAUGUUGAAGUUGGUCCUGACUCUGUGACCUUAAACAGCAUAUCGGCCCAUGUUAUAACAUCAACACAUGAUCCUUCAACCCCUAUAGCUUCAGCUGCCUCUUCAACUACUAUGGACUCAAAUCAAACUGGACCACAAACAACUCCUGCUACCCCUAACCCUGGUCCAACACCUACAUCCACACCACAAGCUAGUGAGAACAUGCCCGAUAUAAAUGUAGCAGGUGUACAACUACCCGCUGGUGCCCAGCUACCCCCAGGAUUUAUACAGGGUCUAGUAAACUCUGUUCUACAAUCACAGGGUGGGGCUAGACCUCGUCAUCCAGUACAGAUUAAUUUCAUACCAUUAAACAGAGCUGAAGGUCAGAUGCGUGUGGUAGGAAUGAGACCUCCAUCUGUUGAUAUCAGAAUGUCCAGUACUACUAGAGCUCCUGCACCAUCAUCCAGUAGUAAUCAGACAUUAACAACUAGUACGACUACAUCUACACCCAGUGCUUCAACUUCCAGUACCACCACAACUAGUACCAAUACUUCGACAUCUAGCAGUUCUGCGACAACUACUAAUAGUCAGACUAGGUCACCCAGACAGAUGGAUAUAGCCGAUGAUUUGAAUGCUAUGUUCGGAGGAGGUAUGCCUGGACGUCCAGUAGACCCAUACCUACCCUGUUCUUCUAGACAUUACUUGACACAACAAGCUCGGAAUACUGCAGGCACAAGAGCGCAGCCAAAUCCUGAAGCCGGUUUGGCUGAUAUGGUGUCUGGGUUAAUGUCAGGAUUGUUAGGUGGUGAAGGAGGAGCUCAACCUCACAUACAUAUUCAUCGAGGACCACCACCUACAGCAGCAUCUACAGCUUCUACCACUGCUAGAAGUAACACAGUAUCACCACCAUCUGGUGGUCCACGAGUCCCAGGUCCUGAUCCAUCACACCCAUUUGCUUCAUUGUUUUCACCUUUAGGAACCCCUGGAGGACCGAUACCCUAUACUGACAAUACACAACAAACAAACGCCUUUAGAAAUAUCUUAACUAAUGUUUUUGAAACAGCGCUUCACUCAAAUACGCCACCAUCAGCUACAAACAGUACUGGUACUUCCAAUACAACUUCAUCAUCCACACCAGCACCUCCUCCUCCUCCUACAGGUGCCACAAAUCCCAACGCCAUGUUUUUCGAUUUAUUUGGUGGAAUUGGUCAACAGUUAUCUGCUGCGGCUGGAAGCAGAGAAUCUAGCACUACAAUAUCAGACUUUGUUAGCAACAUGUCUGCCACUCAUAAUCUUAAUCCAGAAGAAGGUUUUGUCAGUGACAUGUUUCAAGUUAUAUCUCGUCACCUGACCUUCACAGAUUUAUUUGGAGUUUUCUCCGGACAAUCUGAAAGACUCGGACAACUACAGGGACCAUUAAAAGAGUUUUGCCGUGAGCGUGUAUUGAAAGGACGAGAGUAUAAUGAAGACAAUCUAAGAACAGCUAUUGAAGAAGUUAUUGAAGAAAUGGAACCUGAAUUACAGUCUUCUAUUGAUAUAGUAGAAGUUAAAGAAGGAAUUGAUUUAAUGGCUACAAUGAAAAACUUUCUACGUCAACAACUUAGAGCCACCAUAAGAUUGAUACUCAAUUCUGAAGAUGGGGAUAGUAAUUUUGGAAAAAACAUUUACGAGAGAGUGCGUCGUCUUCUAGGAGAGUUUAUUACUUUGACACCAAUUUGUUUGGUGGAAGGUAAUACAGCUUUCCAACGAAUGUUACAGCACAGACUGCAUGGUAUAACAUCUUCCAUGAACCCCAUGAUACAACAGUGGAUGAUAAACAUGACAUCACAGCACAUUCAGACGUUCCGACAGUCCUACGUUAUAACGGAGGCUGAAGUUCAACAUUAUGUCGUCAAAACAGGGGCAACAACUCCUGCUGGCGCAGCUGCUAUUUUGCGUGCUGAGAGAACAGAGGUUCCUAUGGAUGUGAGUUCACCACCUGCAGCAACAUUGAUGCCCAGAACAUCACCAGCAAAAACUGAACAGCCCAAAAAAGCCACAGCAGUAGAAAGUAAACCAAAGCCUUCAGAAGUUCAACAUACAGCAACAAGAAGUAGUGCUGCAAUGAAUGGAACCAGUAGUUCAGGAGUACCCUCUCCUACUCCUGGUGCCACACCCAAAUCAGUUAACAUAGCAUCCAAUGGGGAAGACUGGAGAGCUGUUGUACCUGAGGAGUGGGUUCCAAUUAUUAGUCAAGAUAUUCAACGUCAGAAGCAGAAUCGCCCACAGCCUCCAUUAAGUGAUGCAUAUUUACAGGGUUUACCAGCUAAACGCAGAAAGGUCAUGACCUCUGAUCGACCAUCAAACAGUUUAUCAAAUAUGGCUGAAUAUAUCCCAGAAUCCAUAAGACAGGCAGCAGCAGCUCUUGGAGUGGAACCAAUCAGUAGUUUUGAGAAUUUAACGCAAGAAGCUUCCACAAAUAGUGACUUACAAAAUGCUUUGAAUGGUGAAAUAGAUCGCACAAUUGUGAGAAGACUAGAGAAGGAUUCAGAUUAUAUAUCAGAGAGAUUUCCAAAUGCUGAGCAGUGUUAUAAGCCAAAGAAAUCUGAGCGAUAAACCUAGUACUUGAAUGUAGGCUACAGACCUAUUUGAUAUAUAUAUAUAUAUAUAUAUAUAUAUAUAUUAAAAUGUAAUUAAGAACAGUGAACUGGAUCCCAAAAACAGACCAUGAAUGAGAAAGUCACGCUCUGAACUUUACCUGUUCCAGAUGAGAAAGGCUUAUCCUGGGUUCAAGUUGUUCCUUUGUGUAGAUAUGCUUGUACAAAAAUUGUGACAUUUCAUCUCCGAUAAAUUUUAAUAUUUUUUUUUUAGUAAAACCCUUCUUGAUUUUAUUUCGUUUAUUUUUUUGUAGUGUCUCAAUGAUUCAGGCUAUUCUGUGGAGAAACAAAAACAAUUUUCAUAUGAUAUAUGAUUUUUUGAAAAUAUUUUGCUUGCUUAAGUGAUUUUUGUUAUCCUAUAAAUAUAAGAUUGUUAUUUUUACUUGUCUUCUGGUUUUUAUUCUUUAGCCAAACUAUAGGACUUACCUACAUGUGUAUAUGUAUUCCUUUUUUUACAUUGGGUGUGAGGCUAUCAUAGUCUAGCGGUCAGGACACUUCACUAGAAUGUCCAAGGUUCGAUUUUCAGUGUGAGCUCAGAAAAACCUUCUGGAUUUAUGAAGUCCGACUUGCACUAAGUGUUGGCACUUUCAGGGCAAAAAAUAAAGUAUGCCCAGUGGUUUGGAAUGAUGGAACAAAAAUAAAGGGUCCACCUGUGCACACACUGACCAGCACGUAAAAGAAUGACAGUUCCAAAUCAAAAAAGAGUAGGCAGAAAUUCCUCACAUAGAAUUUAAAAUUUCCAUAUGUUUAUCUCAAAAUGAUUGAAGUACUGUGUUAAUGAGGCAUUAAACUCCAUUCCAUUCUUUUUUUUUUUUUUUUUUUACAAAACUCAAAGCUCUUGGGGAUUUUACUUUUCCACCAGAGGAGUUAUAUGUACAAUUAUUUAAUUGCUUUAAAGAUGUUUUUCCUGGAGAUUAAUUGGAUAAUAUCAUGUAACUUGAAACUAAUAUUUUAACAAAAGGUAAAACAUUUGUUAUGAUUUAGAAAAAUAAAAUUAUAAACCAGAGUAGAAACAAAAUCAGAAGAAAAUCCAAAUUUUUUUGCAAUCUUUGGUGUUGUUAGUAGAUGAUGUAAUGUAAGCAUAUAGUUAUAUGCUACACAUGCCCACUUCGCCAAUUGUUACGCUAAGGCUGUAGUAGUAAUGGCAGUAUUUUUAAAAUGAAAUCGGAUCAGGUUUCCCAUUCAGAGCUUAUUAGAUAUUGCUUUAAGUUCCAAUCAGUUGUUAUGCAUUUAGGCUCUUGAUUGUAAAGGAGAUAUAGCUGUAAAUAUUUUAGUGUAUUUACAAGUACUCAGUUUAUUCCUAUAAUCACACAUAGUAUCACUAUGCAAUAAAAUAGCUUUUAACAGUGUAAUAUAUUAAAUCUAUUAUCUAUUUGUCAUAAGCAUAUUAUUCUCUCUUGUAAAUAUAGCAGAUCCCAUCAUUUUCCCAAAAUUGCUAUAAGAAAAAUCCCAUUACUUAUUAGUUUUUAAUUGCUAAAAUUAAUAGCUACUCCAAUAAUUAGAAAUUAUUUUAUUUUUAAUAAAUCUCAUUUGUUGAGUGCUAGUGACUCCCCUAAAGUUCUUGUUUUGUAUUUUUUUCCCUUUCAUAUAAUGUUUGAGAAUUCGACUUUCUGAUUUCAUUAGAUCUAUAUUUUAAUAAGAUUAUAAAUGAAUCCUAUGCAGUUGUAAAAUUUUGUUUGAAAGUUGUAGGGUGUGGUGAUUGUAAAGGUAGUUAAUAGAAUUUUGGGAAAAUUAUAUUUCGUAAUUGCAGUAAUUAAGGAUUUUUUUUUUUGGGGGGGGGGGUCUUAUUAAAGGCUUUACUGACAUCUAUGUAAAGAAAGCAGCUUGGGGUUAGUCAGAACAAGAGUCAUAGAUCAUGUCAUCUUUUCACCUUUUGUUGAAAGACCUUUAUUUACCUUAGAAUUUACAUCAUGUCAUCUUUUCACCUUUUGUUGAAAGACCUUUAUUUACCUUAGAAUUUACAGACUAAAAUCGGAAGAAAGCGAAUAAACAAUAUCCUUAUUAAAAUUGAUCAAAAAUAAAGGGCAGAUAUAUGUUCUUUAGAUAAUAAACUAAAAAAUGCAGAUUAUAUCUAUACUCCCACAGUUAUUGUUUAUAAAGGAGUCUAAACACAGACAAUUUGAAAUUUAAAUAGCUGUAGCUUCCGUUAAUAUUGAUAAAUUUUACACCAACAUGUUAUUUGGUACAUUUUAUUCUGUAAAGUGUGAGAGUCUAUAUUUAUCCUGCUGUUUAUGUGGAAUAUUGGAUCUAAAAGGUACAUUGUUAAACUAAACCAAUUAAUUUGGACCCAUAUACAAUGUGUUCUUGUUCCUUGGAGCUACUAAUGUAUAUGUUAAUAAUGGCAACACUAAUAUACAUGUGAAAAUAACUUUAUAUAUGCCCACAUGGAAAUGUGGUCGUGAGUUAUGUCCCUUGUUUCACUUUGUUGUACCUUGUGAAUGCUCUAACGACAAAAGUUAUUAUCUGAUCUGUAUGAAAUUUAUAUGCAUCAUUUAAAUUAGUAAAACAAAGAAGCCUACUGAAUUUCAGCAAUUUCCAUUUAUUACAUGUAGAGUUAUGGCCUUUGUUUCACUUUGUUGAAUCUUGUGAACGCUCUAAUGACAACAGUUAUCAUCCGAUCUGUUUGAAAUUGAUAUGCAUCAUUUAAAUUAGUUCAAUGAAGAAUUCUAUUGAAUUUCAGCAAUUUCCGUUAAUUAUGCCGUAAGUUAUGGCCCUUGUUUCACUUGUUGUAUCUUGUGAAUGCUCUAACGACAAAAGUUAUUAUCCGAUCUGUAUGAAAUUUAUAUGUAUGAUUUAAAUUAGUAAAACGAACAAGCCUAUUGAGUUUCAGCAAAUUUCCGUUAAUUACAUCUAGAGUUAUGGCCCUUGUUUCACUUUGUUGAAUCUUGUGAAUGCUUCAACGAUAAAAGUUAUCACCUAAUCUGUAUGAAAUUCAUAUGCAUCAUUUAAAUUAGUCAAAUAAAGAAGCCUAUUGAAUGUCAGCAAUAUCCUUGAAUUACUUCUAGAGUUAUGGCACAUUGUUUUACUUUGUUGAACCUUGUGAAUGUUCGAGCAACAAAAGUUAUCAUCCGAUCUGUAUGAAAUUUUUAUGCAUUAUUUGAAUUAGUAAAAUGAAAAAGCCUGUUGAAUUUCAACAAUUUCUGUAGAUUACUUCCAGAGUUACAACCCUUGUUUUAGUUUUUAUAACCUUGUGAACCCUCAAACGACGAAAAUUAUAAUGUCAUCUGUAUGAAAUUGUCUAUUAAAUUCCCCUAAUUACCUACAAAAGAAUAAAUAAAUAUGUGACAACCCUUGUCGAAGGCUGCUGUGGGCGUAUGUUUGGUUGCCUGGCAACCUAUCUUUGUAUUGGUCAAGAAUAUAUGUAGGAAUUUUUUUAUUGAACAUUAUAUGAAUAUAUGUUAAUAAUGUCAACAAUAAUAUGCAUGUGAAAAUUCCAAAUAUUUUUUUUUAUUGAUCAAGAAUGGAUGUAGGAAUUUUUAACUGAACAUGAUUUCUUUAAAUAUUUGAUUGAAGGUAUUCUAUGUAAACCGACUUUUCAUAUUGAUAACUUAUUAUUUUUAAGUUCUGGCGCACUGGUAGAAAAUAUAUUUGAUUGAAGGUAUUCUAUGUAAACCGACUUUUCAUAUUGAUAACUUAUUAUUUUUAAGUUCUGGCGCACUGGUAGAAAAUAUGAGUACAUUGGCAUGAAAUUAUUGCAAAAGGCAAGAUAUGAAAAAACACAAAGACCUCAAAUCCCAGAACAUGUACAACCUUAUGUUAUACAUUGUUCAGCAUCAGUGAAUCUAUUCUUAACAACUUCUAAAGUGAAAAUAGGAAAUAAAGUGAAAGAUCAAAAAACAGUUGCCAUAGUUUGUUGCACUGUCAGUAAAGUGUGCUCUUUUUUGGGCCAGUAACUUCUGGGACAGCACAUGGAGAAUAGAACAGCAUUACAAGAGCAGACAUUAGAUUUUUUUUUUGUUUUUAUCAAAACAGACAGUGACAUAUAUACUUAUAACACUCCACAAUUUUAACACUAAUUUUGUUGUGCUCUACUAGUCCAAACAUUCAUCUUUAGUUUAUGUCUCUCUGUGACCAGAUGACAUUUGCUGCUUUUGUAAUAAUUUCAUACAUGCAUUGCAAAAAAUUCAUGUAAUAUAGAUAAGAAGUCUAUAUUAAUAUGACAAGUUUAGAUAUUAAGCCAGAAGUUAAUGAUUUUACAAUGCAGAUGGUUGACACAUAAGUUUGAUUAACAUAUAAAAUAUGUAAUCUAGUGUGUGUAUAUAAAAAAAUAUUGUUUUUAUUAUUAUUAUUUAUCUUUAAUUCAAGUUUAUUAUGAGUAAAAUAAAUGGAUUAUUGUUGA